UGAAACAACAGUCGGGAGUUACGUCCCUUGAAAAGCUAUUGCGCCUCAGAAAUUUAAUGAAAGAAGAGGAUGCCUGAACACCGAGUAUACAUUACCCGGCAAGUGGGACAGGAGGCGUUGUCACUUUUAGAGGGAAAAUGUGCUGUAGAUGUAUGGGACAGCGAAGAGCCCAUUCCAAGAGAAACACUUUUAAAAGACGUGAAGGGCGCAUCAGCCUUGUUCUGCACAGUUAGCGAUACGAUCGACUCCGACGUUCUGGAAGCGGCAGGACCUUGUCUUAAGGUGGUAGCCACGAUGUCCGCCGGCACAGAUAACAUAGACGUCUCGGAGUGUUGUCGCCGUGGGAUUGAGGUCUGCAAGACACCGGACAUCGCAGCAGACGCCGCCGCGGACAUUGCGGUGGCACUGAUAUUGAUGACAUCACGAAAAAUUGUUCAAGGUAUUGACGCCAUCCGUCAAAAUGAGUUCAAGUGCUGGAAACCUUUCUGGUUGUGUGGUACGGGUCUUAUCAACAAAACCAUCGGGAUACUUGGAUUCGGACGGGUCGGGUUCGGAAUAGCACGAAGAAUGAAACCUUUCGGAGUGCAGCGUAUAAUCUACCACGACUUGGAGGAGGUGGAAUACGCCGAGAACUGUGCUGACUACGUGUCUCUGGAUUCUCUCUUCAGCUCCGCAGACAUACUCUGUAUCUGUUGUGGCGUCUCUGCGGUGACCAAAGGAAUGGUUGAUACUAAAUUAAUGCAAAAGAUGAAAAACUCCUCCAUUCUUAUAAACACAUCUAGAGGGGUCAUUGUCAACCAUGACGAUCUGGCAGACGCACUGAAGGACGGAACGAUUGCCGCCGCCGGAUUGGAUGUAACUGACCCAGAACCACUUCCUGUGGGUCACCCUCUCCUCUCGCAACCCAACUGUGUGAUUCUACCUCAUAUGGGCACUAACACCACGGAAACCAGAAUAGCUAUGAGUACAAACACGGCCAAAAACAUUCUGGCAGUUCUAAGCGCCCUUUAAAUUGACUCUGCACGAAUAUCAACGUAAUGCAUGUUGCAUGUAGCUUUUUUUCUUUUGUUUUGUUUGCUUUUAAAAUCUCGAGACUUGAUUGUAUACAUGUAUUGAUUAUUUAUUAAUAAAUUUUUAAUUGAAAAUAAAACAAGUUAUUUACUGA